CGCGGGCAGCGGCAGCGCGGGUAGCGACGGCGUCAGCUUGGAGCUCAGUGCAGAGAGCCGGAUGAUCUUGGAUGCCUUCGCCCAGCAGUGCAGUCGUGUUCUUAGUCUCUUAAAUUGUGGAGGAAAACUCCUGGACUCCAGCCAUUCUCAGUCCAUGAUUUCUUGCGUCAAGCAGGAAGGCUCUAGUUAUAACGAAAGACAGGACCAGUGUCACAUUGCAAAGGGGGUCCAGAGCCAGACCCCUGACAACAUAGACAUAGAAAUGCAAUAUAUGCAAAGAAAACAACAAACUUCUGCCUUUUUGAGAGUGUUCACUGACUCGCUCCAAAAUUACCUGCUCUCGGGGAGCUUCCCGACUCCGAACACCUCAGCAGUCAGUGAGUAUGGCCACCUGGCUGAUGUGGACCCUCUCUCAACCUCCCCGGUGCAUACAUUAGGUGGCUGGACCUCCCCGGCAACGUCUGAGUCCCACGGUCACCCAUCCUCCUCUACGCUGCCGGAGGAGGAAGAAGAGGAGGAAGAGGAAGGCUACUGUCCUCGAUGCCAGGAGCUGGAGCAGGAGGUUAUCUCAUUGCAGCAAGAAAACGAAGAGCUCAGAAGGAAGUUAGAAAGCAUUCCAGUGCCCUGCCAGACCGUCCUAGAUUACCUAAAGACAGUGUUGCUGCACCACAACCAGCUCCUGCCGCAGCCUGCAGACCAGCCCACCGAGGGAAGCAAGCAGCUGUUGAACAACUAUCCUGUCUACAUAACGAGCAAACAGUGGGACGAGGCUGUAAAUUCUUCCAAGAAAGACGGGCGGCGGCUCCUCCGAUACCUCAUCAGAUUUGUUUUCACGACCGAUGAGCUUAAGUACUCAUGCGGCCUUGGGAAAAGGAAAAGGUCAGUUCAGUCAGGAGAGACAGGUCCUGAAAGACGCCCUCUGGAUCCAGUUAAAGUCACGUGCCUCCGAGAAUUCAUUAGGAUGCACUGUACCUCCAACCCCGACUGGUGGAUGCCCUCGGAGGAGCAGAUAAACAAAGUGUUCAGCGAUGCUGUGGGUCACGCCCGACAGGGCCGGGCAGUGGGAACUUUCCUGCACAACGGCGGCUCGUUUUACGAAGGCAUGGAUCACCAGGCGUCCCAGGAUGAGGUCUUCAACAAGAGUUCACAGGAUGGAUCUGGGGACUAGUGGACAGAAUCUUCACCCUCCCAGUGGUGUUUUUGUGUUUUGUUUUUUGUUUUGUUAAGAGCUCCAGUUGUGAAUGUCCAUUUCCUGUCACCCUAGAGUCCAAAGCAUGUCCUUCUGUCAGACCCCUGCCCCACUGCCACAGUUCCCAAAUAGAAAUCCACUUUGGGGUUUUCUGGGAUGUCUCUGGCACCUGCAGUAGAUGUGGGGUGUAUUAUAUCACCAAGGAAAAGGUACAGUUGACAUAAGUCAUUACUAACUAGACAUUGAGGGUGUCUCCUGUCCCAAGUCUUCAGGUCAGCCUGGCCUCCUGAGCAGAGCUGGUCUCCUGGGAAGGUUCAGUUAGUGUUCCUGCACGUGGGGGAAGGAAAGACACAGACUUGUUUAAAGGGACUAGCAACAAGCAUUUUCUUAUUUAAUUGAAGUUAAGUUUUUGUCUUUUGAUUUUCCAAAGACUUGAAUUCAGAGUUCUCAGCAAAGACACAGGAUAGGGGACACUGUAAGCGUUCAUAUAUUAGAAGCCAGAGAACAGAGGCCGUGUCUGUUCAGUUGAGGUCAGCUACUUCUCCGUUAUCUUCUAGACAAAACUCACUGUGCUGACCAGAAAGGCAGCCUGAUUCUGUGGCUUACGAGCGUGAGAUUCCCCUUAUAUCUUUAGGAAACAUCCAGAGAUUCAGAACCGUUUUCCAAUGCCUCAUUUCCUAAGUUCCUUGAUGCACAUCUUCCAUAGCCUUAAGUCAGCACAGUGCCAGUAGUGGGUUCAGUGAGAAUUCCCAUCAGCUAGCUUUUGGGUAAGAGCAAGCCCAGGCUAUGACUGAUGGCAUCCGCUGCUGACCAGGGGUCUGGCAUUGCAGACAGACAUGCAGCUUCAAGGCCGUUCUGACAACUGUGUGGUGGCCUGGUGGUGAGUUCUCUGAAAUUGGAGGACCUUUCUGGACUGAGUGGCAGUUUAGAAUGUAUGAAACUUCUCUUUCUUGUCGUCAUGGAUGGACACGCCUCAUCCAGCCGUGCCUCUGCUUUCCUCGCUAGUCCUCUGCAGCCUGAGCUCUCAGUUAACUGUUGUGUUUGCCUGGUUCAUCUGUGGGAUCUGUAUGUGACUGACAGUGGCGGUGCCCUGGGAGCCACUUCCCAGCAGAAGGUACAGAGGUGCUGCAAUUGUGUCUGAUAAGGAUCGAACUUUGGACAUGAGAGACUCACUUUACCAGACGAGUCAAGAUGACUGUGUUCUUUGUGGAACCAAGAGCUAAAUGGGCAGCCUUUGUUGAAGAUCGUGGAUGUCAUCUAUGAACACAGUGAAGAGCUUUGAAAUUGGGAUAGAAAUUCAGACUAUCCGUUUAGGAACGGGGCUCUUGGGGAGGCCAGUUUUGUCAAAAAUCACAAUAUGUUCACAAUAUAUUCAAUAUUUAGUGUCAGAGUUUGAACAAACCAGCUGAGCAGUUUAGAAGCAAAGGAAUUGAGUAAAUGAACUGUCGUUUACAAUAGGGGAGAGCGGUGCCUUUUGCAUCCAAGAGAAGGUGUAUUUCUUAAUGUGUGGUCAAAGGUCUGGGCACUCUGUCCUCGGAAAUGUCCGGUGCCAUGAAACCUUGUGGGGAGCUUGCCAUCACCUCCUCUGCCUUCCCAUCUUCCCUUGGCGCUGGGCUUCAGUUCCUCUUCCUGCUGGGAAUGUUGUCCUUGCUAUAGCGCCGUGUUUGCCCGCUGCAUUCCUUAAAAGCAUCUUUCCCCUGUAAGCCUGAGGAGUCUGCACACACUUUCCGUACAUCAUGCUGUGGUACAGGUCUUCACUGAGGGUGAAGGAGCAUUUGGGGCCCCAACUCUCCACAGCUGUGGAGCAGGGAUCGGAACCUCCAGACUGGCCUUUGCUUCUGCCACUUGAAAAGGCACCUGUGCUAGGCUUGCCACCGCCUUUGCUCCUGAGCCACCUGCCCUCUGCCUCUUUUUCUCCAAGUGAAUGUCUGCUGUCAGCUGUUUCCCACAAGUCACCAGUUCUGAGACAGAAGUGAUGCUGGCCUUUGUGCACAUGAGGAAACUAAGGACCACAGGGCUGCCUUCCUCAGCAUCUUCAGUUUCCCUGUGUGCCCUGGGCCUAGGACCUGCAGUCCUCAGCCCCUGUGUGAUUGCUGUUUUCUUUAGCUUAGAUCACUGCCUGAGACGAGCAGGCAGAUGCUUAGACCUGACUCGGUGCUCUGCUGGCCCUUUGCUCUAGUGUGUGUCCAUUUAAGGCUGCUACUGCUCGGUAGUAAAGCUGCUCUUCAGGUCAUGGUGGUUUCCUUUGUGGUCACCCGAGUGUUAAAUCAGCUGCAAAAGGUGCCAUCUCUGGCAGAGAUUCAGAGCUCACCAUUCAUCAGGCUGCCCCCAUUUCCCCACAAGCCUUUGAUUUUAUGUUUGGAGGUCUGAGAAUGUUGCCCGUCAGCUUGGUUUUGUUUUCCACAUCAUUCUGGCAGACACAUUGCUCCCCAACACAAAACUUCGUCCUCUCUCAACUUGUAGAAUUACCCUGAAUCAUUUAGCGUUGGUUUGAAGUAGACUUGAGUUAAAAACAGCAGAUGCAGCUGUGCCGCCGUGUCAUUGUGAGAAAAAUGUGGUUGCCAGGCUGAUGUGACUAACUGUGAUGUUUUUGUCAGUGAUUAGGUAGGUCUGGUGUCCCGGCUAUCAAGCUCUGUGGUUAAUAGUGAACGUUGUCCUGGUGUAUUUUUCUUUUUCCAAAUUAAAAUGCCUGCUUCUCACAGUGAUUAGCUUCCCCCAGCACAGAUCUUGCCAAGCGGAGGAUGACCCUGGAAUGACCCAUCAGGGGACUGGGACCAGGAACCUGCAGAGGGGAGCGCUGUUCUAUGAGCAUUUGAUAAGGUCGCAUUUCUCACUGGCCCUUUUGUGGGUGCAGUGUUCAGUCUGACAUGGUAUCUAGAAAACUGAAACAUUUCAAAUUGGAGCUUUUUUUGCUUGAAAGCGUUUCUGCCCUUAAUCCUGCUCCUCGUCCGUCCCAGCAUUUGGGGGACUUUGACUGUGUGUUAAAAGGGUUCCCUGAAGAGGUCGCAAAGAGCACAGGAGUGUAAGAGUGCCGUCAUCUCUUGGUCAGGCGUGGAGGGAUGCAUGUCACCACUGUAGUCGGUGGGUGGUUCAGGUGUCGUCCCUGACCAUCAUCGGGAGGACAAGGAGACAUGAUUAUAGUUGUAUUUGACACAGCUACUCUCCAUGGCGUCAGGUUACGGUAACUGAUAGCAAUAGGAUUUUAUUAUUUUCAGUCCAGUAGUGAUUCUUGAAAUAGUGGAUGUUUACACAAAAUCUAAACAAUAACUCAAACUUAGGAAUCUGCAGGUCUGUGAUUUCUCCAUACCCCUGCCAUUUAAUGGCUUGUGCCUCACUUCCGAAGCUGAGAAGUAGAUGGGGCUCCAUGGGAAGAUGUGCACCAUGUCCAGAACACGGGCACUCAUUGCCCUCAUAUGGGUUCUGUGUUUCGGUUUGGUUUUUUUUGUUGUUGUUGUUUUAGGGUUUUUCUUUGUUGUUGGUUUUUGUUUUGUUUUGUUUUGCGGUGCAGGGAGUUGAAUAUUAUUCAGUAUAAACUCUAGGCUAACCCUGACACCCCUGACUACCUCCUUAGUUUCUGUAUAGACCGGCUAUCGGUUUUGGUUGAAAGGUCAUUUUUUUUGUUGUCUUAGAAGAUUUUAAAUGUCUAGUUUCUUCGGUCAGUGCUGUACCUGUCACAGCACAGGUCUUUGUUCUUCUGGGACAGCAUUCACAUGCGGAUCUGGAGAAAUGUGAUUGAUAGAAAAUGGUUUUGCACAUACGGUGUGAGGCUUGCUGGUGUGUGUUUAAUGUGGCGACACUUGCCAACGCUGCUUGGCAAACACAUCAAGAGGGAUGCUUGAGUCACAACUCUAAUGCAAAUGUGUUGAAACAGCAGUGUGUGUCGGUAUGGUAUAUUUUUGUAAACAUGGUGGUGGCUUCUUUCAGUCAUAUAAGUACUGGAUAAAAAUAACAUUGAAACACUGGAGGAAGAUGUCACUUAGCUGUUCACAAAGCUGUGGCGUGUGUGUGUGUGUGUGUGUGUGUCUACAGGAGAGGGACGAAUUGACAUCAGCAAUGUGGAAGACAAAAAUAGUACCCAUCACCACUUACUUUUUUAAAAGUAAAGUUUAAAGCUUUAGCUGAUGCAUUUACGCAUUAGAGGCCGCUUGUACUCUCCAUAGUAUAUUGAACCUUGGGAAAUACUGAGAACUGGAAUUCUCGCAUUUGAUGACUGACUUUGUCACUCUUGACUGUUGAAGGCAGUAAAUCACCAAAAACUUGGCUUCUGAGCUUCCGUAACUGGCUGUGAGGUCUGUGCUCUCAUUGGAUCACAGUUUCCGAAACUGCAGUAAAAGUACAUCUGCUAGCGAGACCCAUUUGAAAACCUGGGUCACUGUGAACAGUGGCACCCGCCCGUGUGCCUCGCCGUGCUGCAAAACAGUUUGGUCCCGUCGGAGAUCACUCCCGUAGCAAUAGUUAACUCCCGCUACCUGAGCGUAACUCUCGAUUCCCUGUGUGCUAGUUGCUUCGAUAAGCACUUUAAUGCACCCUUCACAGCUGCCCUAAGCGGUCACUGCCCAGGGUGCUCACUGGAGGUCACUUUGAGCUCAGUAAGCAGAAUGACCCCUUCUGUUUGCCCCAGUCAGGCAUGGUUCUCGAAGUCUGCCAACGCUUCAGAGUGAACAUUUUUGUUUUAUCUGAUGCUGUCGAGGGAAAGCUGCCGUUUAUAUCACUAAAUCUGCUUUGGAGGCGUGCAGGUGCUUAGAUAACAGGUAUGUGACGCUCGGGCCUCCAGGAGUUCUCGGGGCUGGCAUGAGUCAUGGCCUGUUUGACAACCUGUGAGGGAGACCAGACACUCAAGGAAAUAGAUACAUCGAAGUCUAGUUCCCUUCUACUUGUGUUCUAGGUCCCUGUGCAAAGAUGCAGGGGCUUAAAAGAAAACUUGUUUUAAGACUAGAUCCUCUUGGGGAACACGUGGUGACAGCACUGGGUAUUGGCCAGUGUUCCCAUCUCUAUGUGGCUGGUUUUGCAGCCUCCUGGUGACAGAGUUUGGUGAAGCAGGAGGUUCAGCUGACACCGUCGCCGUGCGGGCUGUAGAAGAGGCUGUGUAAAGAAUAUAGUGACCUGUUGAUUUUGCCCCUGUAGUUUUAGCUUUAACAUCUUCUGAGAGCAUGCCAAAGCCACAAGGGGCCCGGCUUGUGCCUCUUGGGAGCAAACGCUGCUGGAGGGAGGCAGGGAACUUGGUCACUGUCCAGCCUGACUCUGCCCUGGCUAAGCCUCGCCUUCAUGUCUCUCCUCUGCAGAAUGGCGUGUUGCAGCUAAUGCUGGGGCCAGUUGCCUUUAUUCUAUUUUCUAUGAUGAAUACUUGUGGAGAAACUGUGACAAAUCCAUUGAUCCUAAUAUUUUUAUUGUUGGAGUCUUGUGGCUUCUCUGAAUAAUUUCUAUUUGAUUGUACUGUGUGGAAUUCAUACACACUAGGGAUAUGUUAAUAAAGCUAAAAUUCAUAGUAUAAUAUAGAAUAGCAAAAAAUUUUGUGAACAAUUUAUAUAGAAGAGUAAGUUGUUUUUUAAGUGUUAGGCCAUUUCUUUUAGGAACUUAAAAUGUUAUAAGAGUUUUUUAAACAUUCAAUAUUUUUAAUUAUAAGAGACAUUUGUUACUAGAGCUAAUUAUUUCAGGUGUUCUAAUUGGAAUAUUGAUUUUCUUACCUCAUAUACCUCUAGAAUGCCACAUGUUCUGUUGGGGAUAAAAUUGCACAA